AUGAAAGGUAUGGUGGUGUGGUGGUGCUGUCUGAGGAGCCAGCAAGCUCUCAGGGAGGGGGAAGAAGUUAUUAGUAAUGAGGGGAAUGACUGUGGCUGGUGGGUUGGGUUGGGUGACAGUUUACCUGGACCAGUGCUGGAGCUUGCAGAAGCUGUGGAGCCCAGUGCCCCUGUACGCAGCCCUGAUGAGCUCUCUUGCCAUCAUCACCCAGCUGCAAUGGAAGUGCACUUUAAGUGUCUUUUUUCUUCUUCACAAGAUAAAAGGCGGCAGCUGCUCAUGUUUGAAAUAAGUGAAUCUUCAUCAAGAAACACGCCAUCCUCUCCAAAAGCACAGCCCUCAGGAGCCCCUGAUUGGAGUCCCAGCCUCUCUGAGAACCAGCGCCUGUGCAUCCUCUGUGAUCUUGAAAACUCCAGGACGAAAAUGAGGAGCGCGGUGUCAGUUCGAGAGGGGCAGGGAGUCGUGCUGCUCUGUGGACCACCCCCCCGGGCGGGAGAAUUGUCAUUUGCUUGGAUCUUCAACGAAUAUCCAUCAUUUGUACAAGAGGACAGUCGGCGAUUUGUGUCUCAAGAGACUGGUCACCUCUACAUAGCCAAAGUCGAGCCAUCGGAUGUAGGAAAUUACACCUGCGUUGUAACCAGCACUGUGACCAACAGCCAAGUUCUUGGGUCACCAACUCCUCUAGUGCUGCGCACGGAUGGUGUGAUGGGAGAAUAUGAACCCAAAAUAGAAGUUCAGUUUCCGGAGACACUUCCUGCAGCUAAAGGCUCAACUGUGAAGCUAGAAUGCUUUGCACUAGGAAACCCUGUGCCUCAGAUUAACUGGAGAAGAACUGAUGGUCUGCCAUUUCCAAGUAAAAUAAAGCUGAGGAAAUCCAAUGGCAUGAUUGAAAUACCUAAUUUCCAGCAGGAGGAUGCAGGACUAUAUGAGUGCAUUACUGAAAACUCAAGAGGAAAAAACAUUGCAAGAGGACGUCUCACUUACUAUGCAAAGCCUCACUGGACCCAGACGAUAAAAGAUAUUGAAGUUGCUGUAGAGGACACCUUAUACUGGGAUUGCAGAGCAAGUGGGAAGCCCAAACCAUCGUAUAGGUGGCUGAAGAAUGGAGACCAACUGUCAAUAGAGGGAAGGAUCCAAAUUGAAAAUGGUGCACUUACAAUAUCAAAUCUAAAUCUGACAGAUUCUGGCAGAUACCAAUGCAUAGCUGAAAAUAAACAUGGAGUCAUUUAUUCGAGUGCAGAGCUCAGGGUUGUAGCUUCUGCUCCAGAUUUUUCCAAGAAUCCAAUGAAGAAACUGAUCCAGGUUCAAAUAGGCAGCACAGUUACUUUUGAAUGCAAACCCAAAGCUUCCCCUAAGGCCAGAUGCUCCUGGAAGAAGGGAGGUGAGCACCUACACGAAAAUGAAAGAAUCAUGUUAUUAAAGGAUGGAGGACUAAGAAUAGCAAAUGUGACCAAAGUUGAUGCUGGAAGCUACACAUGCCUGGCAACAAACCAGUUUGGAACAGCCAGUGGCUCAACAAACUUAAUAGUUACAGAGCCAACAAGGAUUACUUUGGCACCUUCCAACAUGGAUGUCACUGUCGGAGAAAGUGUCGUCUUGCCUUGCCAGGUUCAGCAUGAUCCUAUACUGGACAUCAGCUUUACCUGGUAUUUCAAUGGAACGCUCACCGAUUUCAAGAAAGAUGGUUCUCAUUUUGAGAAGGUUGGAGGGAGUGCAUCAGGAGAUUUAAUGAUUAGAAACAUCCAGCUGAAACAUAGUGGAAAAUAUGUUUGUAUGGUGAAGACAGAAGUGGAUAGUGUAGCAUCUGCAGCGGACCUUAUCGUACGAGGCUCACCUGGGCCCCCCGAACAUGUGAAAGUGGAUGAAAUAACUGAUACCACGGCUCAGAUCUCCUGGCAAGAAGGCACAGACAAUCACAGCCCAGUAACCACUUACACCAUACAAGCAAGGACACCUUUUUCAGUUGGCUGGCAGCGAGUUACAACAGUUCCAGACGUGAUCGAUGGAAAAACAUUCACAACCACAGUAGUGGAUUUAAAUCCUUGGGUUGAAUAUGAGUUUCGUGUAGUUGCCAGUAACAAAAUAGGAGGUGGAGAACCUAGUUUACCCUCAGAAAAAGUAAGAACUGAAGAGGCAGUUCCUGAAAUUCCCCCCUCUGAAGUCAGUGGGGGAGGAGGCAGCAGGUCUGAACUGGUCAUAACAUGGGAUCCCAUCCCUGAAGAAUUACAGAACGGAGAAGGAUUUGGCUAUGUUGUUGCUUUCCGCCCCUUUGGCACCACAACAUGGAUACAGACUGUGGUCACCUCUCCUGACACACCAAGAUAUGUCUUUAGGAAUGAAAGCAUCUUGCCCUUUUCGCCAUAUGAAGUCAAAGUUGGUGUCUAUAACAAUAAAGGAGAAGGGCCAUUUAGUUCAGUAACCACAGUUUUUUCAGCUGAAGAAGAGCCUAGCAUAGCACCCUCUGGGGUAUCUGCGACGAGUCUGUCGUCCUCAGUCAUCGAGGUCUCCUGGACAGCCAUUCCCUGGAAGAUGAGCAGUGGAAGGUUACUGGGUUACGAGGUUAGGUACUGGAAUAAUGGUGGAAAAGAAGAAUCUUCAAACAGAGUAAAAGCUGCAGGGAAUGAGACAUCAGUAAGAAUAACAGGUUUGAAGAGCAACUUAGCAUACUACACAGCUGUCCGUGCUUAUAACAGUGCUGGAGCAGGCCCCUUUAGUGCCACAGUAAAUGCUACCACAAAAAAGACACCACCCAGUCAACCACCAGGAAACGUUAUGUGGAAUGUCACCGACUCCAGAGUAGUCCUCAGCUGGGAGGAUGUAAGAGCUAUGGAGAACGAGUCCGAGGUGACUGGGUAUAAGGUUUUGUACAGGACCAGCAGUCAGACCAAUAUGAGCGUGCUGAACACGAACAAGACAACCGCUGAACUUCUGCUGCAGUUUAACAAAGAUUACACUAUAGAAGUUAAAGCAACAAGUGAUGGCGGAGAUGGCACUAGCAGCGAUCAGAUCCUGAUUCCCAGGCUAGCUAGUAUGGAUGCAAGAGGGUCUGGUCCGUCAGUCUUGAACAUCUUCAGUGUAUCCAGCUUCUUACCAACAAUAUUUUCCUUGAUUCUUAAUUCAGUGUUGUGA